CCGAGUCCCCCCCGGAGCGCAGCAGCAGCAGCAUGGGGCCUGAGCAGCAGCAAGACUCAGAUGGUGAGCGAGAUGCAGGGCCGGAGCAGGCCCAGACCAUCUACCGCGACAUCUGGAGCCUGCGCGCUUCGCUCGAGCUGCAUGCAGCCACCGCCUCAGACCACAGCAGCAGCGGCAACGACCGCGACUCCGUGCGUAGCGGCGACAGCUCGGGCUCGGGCUCCGGGGGCACCGUACCCGCCUUCCCUCCACCUUCACCGCCACCCACACCGCGCCCAGCGGAGAGCGAGGCAAGUGGGCCCCGCAAGCUGCUGCAGAUGGACAGCGGCUACGCCAGCAUCGAGGGCCGCGGUGCGGGUGAUGAGGGGCCUCCCAGCGCGCCAGAGAAACGCUCCUCCUUCACGAGCGCGGGCCACGAGGCCACCGUAGGCGGCAGCUUCGAGGGGCCCAUGCCAGAGGUGCCCUCCCGACCCCGCAGCCCGCGUGCCUGGCCCCGCCGCGCCCCACGCCGGGACUACAGUAUUGACGAGAAGACGGAUGCACUGUUCCAUGAGUUCCUCCGCCAUGACCCGCACUUCGAUGAUGCUCCGUCUGCAGCAGCACGCCACCGCGCGCGUGUGCAUCCCCACACGCGCAAGCAGUGGCAGCAGCGGGGUAGGCAACACAGCGACCCUGGUGCGCGAGCUGCGGCCCCAGCCCCCUCUGGGGCACCAACCGGCGCCCCCCGCCCUGCGCGCGCACCCCUGCGCCGCGGGGACAGCGUCGACUGCCCACCAGAAGGCCGCGCAGGAGAGGACCCAGCUGCCCUCGCCAUCCCCGUCAUCGAGGAGGAGCCCGGCGGCGGCUGCCCAGGCUCUGGCCUGUGCACCGGGCCUCAGGGCGCUCUCCUGGACAAGCUGGCAGUCAGCCUCGACGACAGACUCUUCCCGCCGCGCCUGGCCCAGCCUGUCGCUGUGGCCCCUGCGCUGGCCGCAGCCGCGCCCACAUCCCCCGACCACAGCCCCGUCUAAGUCUGUGUCCUGCGCCCACCUCGUCAGCUUAUACAGCACGGGCGGGGCCUUGGCACCGGACACACCUGGGGCGCGACGCCCUGGUGCGCAUGCGCUGGGACUGGGGGGCCUCGCGCACAAAGCAGUGCCCCAGGCGCCCCGCGCCGCCCCAGGAUGCGCACGCACACAGUUCAUACCGGGCAUUUAGCUGGGUCGACUAGAGGGAGUGUGGCGGAUUCUCAUCUUCAGACUCCUGAAGACCACGUUCCGCUUCCCUUGGUCCUGGACAGCGACCUCGAGCUGGUGACUGAGCGUAGCACACACCACUGCCGCGUCUCGGGCCCAUGGCGAUGGGUAGCGCAUGCGCAGCGCCUGCAUCCUAGAGGGGCGAUGCACAGCAACUGCGCUAGACGCAUGCGCAGAGAGACCCCUCCCAGGACCAAUUGGGCCUCGAGGCGCGCCAGAGUCCGCGCCAGGGCACAAGCACAGUGACUGCGGGGUGCCGAGGACCCUUGAAGAAUGCAUCCGCCCUGGGCUAGGAGGUUGGCCCAAGACCGCGGCCGCCAACCCCUUGAAGCCGUUUACCUCACCGCGGCGAGUGCUCGCAGCAGUCCGCGCCCCCUCCAAGCAAUAACCGCAUCUGCUGCUGCCAUCCCCAGCCCUAGAUACACCCUCCAGCCCUCCUCCCAGUGUCUGCAUCCCGACGCCCGCCCUCUGCAUGUUGGGUGGGCCGCACGCCCCUACUGCAUCAAUCCAAAGAGCCGCUAGGACUCACCACUGUUUCAGACACAAAAUCCAAACGAUCAAGGUUUCAAGUUUCCCAAGCUUUAUUUAUUGCCAAAAGAUGGGGCAGCCCUCGCCAGCGGCCGAGUCGCCCUGCCCCGUCCCUUCCUUCGAAGCUUCGCACUGUCAGUGUGCCAUCCAGUGAUGGAGUUUGUGUUUUGUUUUCUGGUUGAUUAUAUUUACUGCAUACUCUUGCUGGCUCUGAGUUUUCUCAUGGGAUCCAAGAGCACAGAGGCCUUGGGGGGAAAGGGAUCAGGAUCUCCAGGCCACUGAACUGUGCAGCCAUGGGCUCUGGAGCUUUCUGGAGGCUGGGUCACCAAGACAGCACAGAGAUCCAACAUGGCCAAAGGCCAUGUCCCUACCAGGCACUACCAGCAAGACCUGCAGACCCCGGCCAGCCCCUCCACCACAGGAUCUACAAAGGGCCCCAGGCUCAGACUCUGAUCACCCACUUGAUAAUACAUCCUGCCACCCACAAUUCCCAAACAUCCCUCAUGACCACAACUCAAAUCCACCUGUUUUAUUUUUUCUUAAAAAAAAAAAAAA